GAAACCGGUUUUUGUCAUGGCUGGAAGAGAGCUAUGACCCAGCAGAGCGCUCCAUCCCAGCGGCUCCCCCAGCAUCGCAGGAGCUGCUGAGUGCUCCUGUACAGGAAGCUUUGUGAAGGCAACAGCUUGGAAGGGGAAGAUCUUCAGAUCUUUCCCCCUUCUUCUCCUUCUCCCUGGCCUGUGAGUGAUUCAGUGUCCCAAACCUUAACUUUUUGUUACCACCUUCCUCCUCUUAAUCUCCUUCAUCUUCAACACCUCCUCCUCUAUCACUACCAUCUUCUCCUCCAUCUGUCUGCCUGCUGGAUCUCUCUCGCUUGCUUGCUUUCCCCCCUCCUCUUCCACCUCCCUCCUCUUUCUUCUUGCCUUUUCCUCCUCUCUUUUCUUCUCUUUUCUUUCUCUUUUUCCUCCUCUUCCCCUACACGUUGUUGUUGUUGUUAGAAAGGAUUCUUGCACCCCCUGGUGCUCUUGCGUUUUGUGUGGUAGGAGAGGAGAUUGUCUUCUUUCUCUCUCUCCCUCUGGUUGCUCAUUAUUCAGAGAGAGACACAGAGGGUGAGAGAGAGAGAGAGAGAGAGACGGAUAUCUCAGGUCAUCUGCAGCUGCAGCAAACCAGUGAAGGAGAGAGAGAGAGAGGGAGAGGGAGAGAGAGAGGGGGGGAAAAGCAGGGAAAGAUGGCGAUCCUCCAUUGCUGAGACCUGGCAAGGAGCACAUGAGACUCACAAAACAACUUCCACAACAAUAACAAGAAGAGCUAGGCAGAGAGGAAGAGGAGAGGAGAGGAGGCAGCAGCAAGAGCAGCAGUGCCGGGACGCUCCUGUAAGUUCUUGCAAUUAAAACCCAUCUCUGGUUUGGCAUUGGAGAGAUCAUCUCUCGUUUGUGUUGUGUGUGUGUGUGUGGUGUGUGUGUGUGUGUGUCUCUGUUGUGUGUGUGUCUGUGCGUGUGUUAUUUUGUUUGGUCUUUUAUGUCUGUCUUUCUUUCCACCACCUUCCUCUGAAAUCCAUUCAUUCGGUCAACGGAGGAAGGAGGAAGAAAGAAAGGAAGGAAAAAAAAAAAAAGAGAGAAGAGAGGGGAGCGAGAGCGGGGUGUUUUGUUUGAGAGAGAAGUCUCUUGCAUGGAGGAGGAGAAGAGGAGGAGAUUUUUCUAAUGUAAAAGAUCAUCCUGAACCAUGGAGGUCCUGCAGUGUGAUGGCUGCGAUUUUCGAGCUCCAUCUUACGAAGACCUAAAAGCUCACAUUCAGGAUGUUCACACUGCUUUCCUGCAGCCAACUGAUGUCUCUGAGGAGAGUCCUACCCAGCCAAGGUCUGGUUCCAUCAACGCCAGCAACCAGACCGAGGUUGAAUUUUCUUCUGUAAAGGAUGAAUUUGCAAUUGCAGAUGACAUAGCAGGGCAAAAUGCAACAAGUCAGAUGGGGACUGGAAGUUACUAUAGCCAGAGCCAGACUUUCUAUGGCCAGCAUAUGGCUCCAAACCCUAAACCAACCAGCAAGUUUUUCCAGUGCAAGUUCUGUGUGCGUUACUUCCGUUCCAAAAACCUCCUCAUAGAGCACACACGGAAGGUUCAUGGAGCACAGGCUGGGGGGAGCUCAGUGGGGCCACCAGCUUCUAGUUCCCUAAAUUACAACAUCAUGAUGCAUGAAGGGUUUGGUAAAGUUUUCAGUUGCCAGUUCUGCACCUACAAGUCACCCAGGCGUGCGAGGAUUAUUAAGCACCAGAAAAUGUAUCACAAAAACAACCUGAAAGAGAGUUCAGCUCCUGCUGCUGCUGCUGCUGCUGCUGUGUCUGAAUCAACGUCUGCUUCUGUGCCAGUGCAGGAACCCUGCAAGGAGCUGCCGGCAGAGGUGGUGGAGCGGAGCAUUUUGGAGUCGAUGGUCAAGCCCCUGACCAAGUCUAGGGGCAACUUUUGCUGUGAGUGGUGCAGCUACCAGACACCUCGGAGGGAGCGCUGGUGUGACCACAUGAUGAAGAAGCACCGCAGCAUGGUGAAAAUCCUGUCGAGCCUGAGGCAGCAGCAGGAUGGAACCAGCGCACCUGAGGUGCAGAGUAAGAGUGCCCAGAGUGCCUCUCCAAACUCGAAUUACAUGUCCAUGAACACAACAGGACGUGAGAUGUCGAGUGCUAAUGUCUCAAACUUCAGGGGAUCUAUGGGCAAUUCACUCAUCAGGCCCAACUCUUCUACAUCUUCGAAGUUUUCUUCUGUGUCUUACCCUCAAAUGAAGCCUAAGUCACCUCACAACUCGGGCAUGGUUAAUUUGUCUGACAGAUCCCGCUAUGGAAUUGCUGAUAUGACGAAUUCUUCUGCUGACCUGGAAACAAGCAGUAUGCUAAAUGACUCCAGCUCAGAUGAAGAGCUAAAUGAAAUGGACAGCGAGAAUGGCUUAAACUCCAUGGAUCACCAGACCUCAGGAAUGUCUGCAGAGCAGCUGAUGGGAUCUGAUGGCAACAAACUAUUGGAAACAAAGGGAAUUCCCUUCAGAAGGUACAUGAACAGGUUCCAGUGUCCUUUCUGCCCUUUCCUGACCAUGCACCGCCGAAGUAUUUCCCGUCACAUUGAGAACAUCCACCUGUCUGGGAAGACGGCUGUCUACAAGUGUGACGAGUGCCCCUUCACCUGCAAGAGUUCCCUGAAGCUCGGUGCCCACAAGCAGUGCCACACAGGAACAACAUCCGACUGGGACACCAUGAACUCCCAGGCUGAGAGCAUUGCCUCGUCCCUGAACGACAGCACGGUGUCCUACGAGAGCGGGAAUAUCAACGGCAGGAAGUCAGCCGGGAUGAUGGAACCCGUGCAGCCGCAGCUGCCGCAGCCGCAACCACAGCAGCAGCAGCAGCAGCAGCAGCAGCAGCAGCAGCAGUCGCCCCAGCCCCAUUCACAGCAUCCAUACAAGUGCACGUUGUGCAACUAUUCCACCACCACCCUGAAAGGCCUCAGAGUUCAUCAGCAGCACAAGCAUUCCUUCUGUGACAACUUGCCAAAAUACGAUGGGCCGCCAUCAAACGCACCGCAGGAGAGCGAGGCAGAUGCUCACCCCUCUGCCAGCACAGUGAAGAAGAGCCAGACCUCCAUCCUUGGGCUCUCAUCUAAAAAUAACUUCGUUGCAAAAGCCCCUAGGAAGGUCUCAAAUGACUUCCCUUUAGAUCUCUCUCCCGUGAAAAAGAGAACUAGGAUUGAUGAAAUAGCGAGCAACCUGCAGAGCAAGAUCAGCCAAAACAAACAGCAGGAGGAUGCUGUGAUUAACGUAGAGGAUGAUGAGGAGGAGGAGGAGGACAAUGAGGUGGAGAUAGAGGUGGAGUUAGACAGAGAGGAAGAGCAAACAGAACCAAUGAUAGAGGUUUCCAGUUCUUAUGCACCCCAGCAAAUGUGGGGCAGGGAGGCUAAUGAUUCCCAGAAGGAGGCGAGCUUCAGGAGCAUGCAGCAUGACUACAAUUCCACCAACGGGGCAGAGAUUGAGCUCACUUUGUCUGAGGAUGAGGAGGACUACUACUCUGCUGUCAGCAUGAAGGACCAUCAGAGCCCUAAUGCCUCCGUUCUGGGCAGCCAGUCCAACAUGUACGGUACCGACCAGAACAACGAGAAUUCGGAGUUCAGUGACUCUGGCAGGCUUUACUAUUGUAAACACUGUGAUUUCAGCAACAAAUCUGCCAGGAGUGUUAGCACCCACUACCAGCGAAUGCAUCCCUACAUCAAAUUCAGCUUCAGGUACAUCCUGGAUCCCAAUGAUCACAGUGCAGUGUACCGGUGUCUCGAGUGCUACAUUGACUACACAAAUUUUGAAGACCUGCAGCAGCAUUAUGGGGAGCAUCAUCCUGAAGCUAUGAAUGUACUGAACUUUGAUCAUUCUGAUCUGAUUUACCGCUGCCGCUUCUGCUCUUACACAAGCCCAAAUGUUAGAAGCCUGAUGCCGCAUUACCAAAGAAUGCAUCCCACAGUGAAAAUUAACAAUGCAAUGAUAUUUUCAAGCUAUGUUGUUGAGCAGCAAGAAGGGCUGAACACAGAGUCUCAGACACUGAGAGAGAUCCUGAAUUCUGCUCCAAAAACUAUGGCAACCUCCACCCCCGUGGCUCGCGGGACUGGUGUGCCAGCUGGUUUUAACAAAAGUGCCACCAAGAGUUUCAGUCCUGAAUGUGAAAAUCAGAAGGAACCUUCAGUCAACACUGUGGUUGUUUAUGACUGUGACGUGUGUUCAUUUGCAAGCCCUAACAUGCAUUCAGUUCUGGUGCACUACCAGAAAAAGCACCCUGAAGAAAAGGCCUCAUAUUUCAGGAUCCAGAAGACCAUGCGUGUAGUCUCUGUUGACAGGGGCUCUGCCCUCGCCCAAAUGUCGUUUGAGCUGGGGGCCCCCAUCUCCCCGAAACUCUCCAACUUGGGUUCUCAGCCUCCACCACCCCCGCCACCACCCCCAGACCUCUCUACUGAGCUCUACUACUGCAAGCACUGCUCCUACAGCAACCGCUCCGUCGUGGGGGUGCUCGUCCACUACCAGAAGAGGCACCCGGAGAUCAAGGUCACGGCCAAGUACAUCAGGCAGGCCCCGCCGACCGCAGCCAUGAUGCGGGCAGGGGAGCUGCCCCCCGGCAUCCAGAGGCCGCCGGUGUCCAUGCAGCAGCUGGGCCGUGGCGGCUCCGAGGGCUCCGUGAACCCCCCGGAGAACGAGAUGUUCUUCUGCCAGCACUGCGACUACGGGAACCGGACCGUGAAGGGCGUGCUCAUCCACUACCAGAAGAAGCACCGCGACUUCAAAGCCAACGCGGAUGUGAUCAGGCAGCACACGGCCACCAUCAGGAGCCUCUGUGACCGCGGGCAGAAGAAAUCAGCUGGCAGCCUGCCCGCCCACGCCUCCGGCACCGAGCGGGACAAGUCCAAGCUGAGAGCCCUCAAGUGCAGGCAGUGCAGCUACACCUCCCCUUACUUCUAUGCACUGAGGAAGCAUAUCAAGAAAGACCACCCGAAUCUGAAGGCCACGGUGACAUCCAUACUGAGGUGGGCGUUUCUGGAUGGCUUGAUAGAAGCUGGUUAUCACUGUGAAUGGUGCAUUUAUUCACACACAGAGCCGAGUGGCUUGCUUGUGCAUUACCAAAGGAGACAUCCCGAGCAUUAUGUUGAUUAUACCUACAUGGCAACCAAACUCUGGGCAGGUCCCGAUCCUUCCCCUCCUGCCCUGGUGAUGCCAACAGAGAUGAAGACCUAUAAAUGCAGAGACUGCAUUUUUGAAGCAUCUUCUAUUUGGGAUAUUACCAAUCACUACCAAGCAUUUCACCCUUGGGCCAUGAAUGGAGAUGAAUCCGUGUUGUUAGAUAUCAUUAAGGAGAAAGAUACUGCUGAGAAAACCAUGCCACAGCCUGAUGAAGGCGGGGUCAGGAUGGAAUCUGAAGACCAGAUAGCAACACCACAGAUGGAUCAGGAUGCAGAGUGUGCAGAGGAUCCCAGCCUUUCCCAUGAAAAAACUGUCCAGCUGGCUUCUGCAAAUCCUGCCAUCUCCUCCACUCCAUACCAGUGUACAGUGUGCCAGUCUGAGUACAACAACCUACAUGGCCUCCUGACGCAUUAUGGCAAAAAGCAUCCCGGCAUGAAAGUGAAGGCAGCAGACUUUGCUCAGGAUAUAGACAUUAACCCAGGGGCUGUGUACAAGUGCAGACACUGCCCCUACAUUAACACACGUAUUCACGGCGUCCUCACCCACUACCAGAAGCGUCACCCAUCAGUAAAAGUCACUGCUGAGGACUUUGUGCACGACGUGGAGCAGUCGACUGACAUAGCUCAGAACGACGUGGAAGAGACAAGCAGGAUUUUCAAGCAAGGCUAUGGUGCUUACCGCUGCAAACUCUGCCCUUACACCCACGGAACCCUUGAGAAGCUGAAAAUCCACUAUGAGAAGUACCACAAUCAGCCCGAGUUCGACGUUUUUGCCCAGUCACCGCCAAAGGUGUCUGCCUCAGUGGAGCCAGACAUGGUGACUGAAAUCAAGGCCUCCCCGGACAUUGCUGCUGAGGACGUUGGGGAGGUCUCCAUGCCCGCGCCUCAUUUCUCCAGUUCUCACUUAGUGUCUCACACAGUUUUCCGGUGUCAGCUCUGUAAAUAUUUCUGCUCCACCCGGAAGGGGAUAGCAAGACACUACCGCAUCAAACACAACAAUGUUCGGGCGCAGCCGGAGGGCAAGAACAACCUCUUCAAGUGUGCUCUGUGCUCCUACACCAACCCCAUCCGCAAAGGGCUCGCGGCACACUACCAGAAAAGACAUGACAUUGAUGCUUACUACACUCACUGCCUGGCAGCCUCCAGGACAGUAAGCGACAAACCCAAUAAAGUGAUCAUUCCAUCUCCUCCCAAGGAUGACACUCCUCAGCUCAGCGAGGAGCUGAGGAGGGCUGUGGAGAAGAAGAAGUGCUCGCUCUGUUCCUUCCAGUCCUUCAGCAAGAAGGGCAUCGUGUCCCACUACAUGAAGCGUCAUCCUGGUGUUUUCCCUAAGAAGCAGCACGCCAGCAAGCUGGGGGGAUACUUCACUGCCGUGUACGCUGAUGAGCACGAAAAACCGGCCCCAGCUGAGGAGAGGAACGACUUUGAAAAGCCUGAGGUGGAGGCUGAGGCUCAGGAAAUCGAGUGGCUUCCCUUCAGGUGCAUUAAAUGUUUCAAGCUGUCCUUCAGCACGGCGGAGCUGCUGUGCAUGCAUUACACUGACCACCACAGCAAGGAUUUGAAGAGGGACUUUUCCAUACUUGGAAGUGGCACCCGCUCUCAGAGCCCCGUCUACCAGUGCAAGCACUGUGAUACAAAAUUGCAUAGCACGGCAGAGCUGACUGCACACUUGAAUGGUCACAAUGAGGAAUUCCAGAAGCGUGCCAAACGUCAGGAGAGGAGGAAGCAGCUUUUGAGCAAGCAGAAAUAUGCAGAUGGUGCUUUUGCAGAUUUCAAACAAGAGAGGGCUUUUGGACACUUGGAGGAUGUUUCAAAACUCAAGGAGAGGAAGGUGGUUGGCUACAAGUGCAAGUUUUGCGUGGAAGUCCAUCCAACACUUCGAGCCAUCUGUAAUCACCUCCGCAAGCAUGUCCAGUACGGGAAUGUCUCUUCUGUGUCGGCCACUGUAAAGGGUCUGCGGUCCCACGAGAGGAGUCACUUGGCUCUGGCCAUGUUUGCCCGGGAAGACAAGUACAGCUGCCAGUAUUGCUCCUUUGUCUCUGCUUUCAGGCACAACCUGGACCGCCACAUGCAGACCCACCACGGGCACCACAAACCGUUCCGCUGCAAGCUCUGCCCCUUCAAGUCCUCCUACAACAGCCGCCUGAAAACCCAUAUCCUCAAGGCUCAUGCUGGUGAACAUGCCUACAAAUGUUCCUCCUGCUCAUUUUCCACCAUGACAAUCAGCCAGCUGAAAGAGCACUCCUUGAAAGUGCAUGGGAAAGCACUGACACUACCAAGACCCCGCAUUGUCAACCUUGCAGCCUCACACGCCCACCACACCUCCAAGAACCACACUCCUGCUGAAGAAGUGGAGGACUCUAAUGACUCUUCAUACUCGGAGCCUCCUGAUGUUCAGCAGCAGUUGAACCACUACCAGUCUGCAGCUUUGGCCAGGAACAACAACAACAUCAGCCCAAUCCCACUUUCUGGGAGUGCUGCAGGAGUGGAAAAAGCAGAAGCCAUCCUUAACUGUGAAUUUUGCGAAUUCUCUUCGGGUUACAUUCAGAGCAUCCGGCGCCACUACCGCGACAAGCACGGAGGGAAGAAGCUCUUCAAGUGCAAAGAUUGUUCCUUCUACACAGGCUUUAAAUCUGCUUUUACUAUGCACGUGGAGGCCGGGCAUUCGGCAGUCCCCGAGGAAGGACCCAAAGACCUUCGCUGCCCUCUCUGUCUCUACCACACCAAAUACAAACGCAACAUGAUCGACCACAUAGUUCUGCACAGAGAGGAGAGGGUCGUUCCCAUUGAAGUCUGCCGUUCCAAGCUGUCCAAGUACCUGCAGGGAGUCGUUUUCCGCUGUGACAAGUGUACCUUCACCUGCUCCAGUGACGAGAGCUUGCAGCAGCACAUAGAGAAGCACAAUGAACUGAAACCUUACAAAUGCCAACUCUGCUACUAUGAGACCAAACACACAGAGGAGCUGGAUGCUCACCUUCGAGAUGAGCACAAGGUGAGUCGUAAUUUUGAGCUGGUUGGACGGGUUAACUUGGACCAGUUGGAGCAAAUGAAAGGGAAAACAGAGAGCUCUAGCAGUGAUGAAGAAGAAAAAGAAGAAGAGCUAAGCCCCAAGGCUCAAGAGAGAGAUCCCAUGAUGUUUCCUGACAGCAGUGCUCCAGAGAAACGCUUCCCAUGCGAGUUCUGCGGCCGAUCCUUCACCGAGGGCUCCGAGUGGGAGCGGCACGUGCUGAGACACGGCAUGGCGCUGAACGAGAGCAAGCACAGGAGCGGCGAGGACAGCCAGCCCAAGGAGGACGUGGAGGACACGGCCAGCACGCUGCCAGAAGAGAAGGAAGGCAUCGAGGCCAUGGUGCUGGACUACUCCCACACUGGGGAAACGGCUGUCAGCAUGGUGGCUGCUGACCAACCUCUCCUAGACACCCCGGAGGCCAAAAACGAAUAAGAAAAAGUGUUUGGUGUGGUUCUAAUCGACAGUACUUGAACAGUGAUGAGCGGGGCGGGGCGGGGCAGGGAGGGCAGAAGGAAGAAAUAAAGCUGCUUUUAGGACUGAAUGAUCUAUUUUCAAAGCACUGGUACCUGUGUGAGUGUGUGUAUAUUAAAGUUAUUUAAGUGAUGGAAUAAGUGGCUCCAUUACAUCACUGCAUCUUUGUUUUCCUCCUGGAUCUGACGAUGGGAAGUUACGCUCAUCUUUGGACUAAUGAAGCUAAACUCCCCGUGUUUUUCCUACAUUUCACAUCGUGCUUUGCAGUGGAGACUUCGAUUGUUUUAUGAGUGGAAGCGUCGUGAGCGUGGAAGAAGUGGUAGGGGGACAACUUUUGGACGCACAAGUUUGUGUGCGUUUUUCUAGUUUUAAUACAUAACGCUUUUCCAGACUGAAAGCAAUUGCUUUAGAAAAGAAAAGAGAAAAAAAAAAAAAAGAGAGAAAAAAAAAGGAAAAAAAAAAAAAAACACCACAGGGAGAAAAAAAAAAAAGGAAAACAGAAAAAAAAAAGAAAAAAAAAAAAAACAAAACAGAAACUGCUUUGCUUAAAACAGUCACCUGUUUCCUAGUACCUCAGAAUUAACCAAGGGAGAUCUCUGCAUUUGUCAGUACUACCUGUUGUUGUUGUGGUUAAAUGUAGAGAGACUGCUGGGCAAGGUGGUGAAUGGAGGAAGAAAAAAAAAAAAAGUUUUAAAGAAAGGAAAAACAAAUUGUGCUUAAAAUCCCAGUGUGGGUUUUAUUUCUUAAAAUACUGUGAUUUUUUUAAUUAUUUUAGUAAAAAAAAAAAACAAAAAAAAGAGAGAGAUACUUUAAUUCCUAGAUAACUGUUUGUGAAUUGUCAUCCUUUAUUCCAGGUAAGCUGUUUGUUAGUAUUCAGUUAUAAUUUUAGUAUUUGGUAGAUUUCAUGUGACUGAUUGUGCGGUUUUGUUUGCCACACGUUUUGUUUUCUAUCAGCCUGAGGUGUUACAAAUACAGCACAAUUAAGUUUCUCAUGUAAAAAUGAGUAUUUCUUUUUGAGUGGGGGACAGGGAAAGGAGACUAGAUCUUGUGAAUAGAACCUUUUUUUUGUUGUCGCUGUCGUCGUCGUUGUUGUCCUCGUUAAUUUUAAACAUAAUGGAGAUAACAAAGAAGUUUUAACUUUAAAAAAAAAAAAAAACCUAAAGAACCAAACUUACAGCACAGCUAUGCAGCUCAUGGGCCAAACACAUGGGUCCUCAUAACCGUUCUGUUGCUUGUCAUAUUAACAUCUAUCAGUCUCACAACUGUAACUUUUCGUUGAGAUUGGCUGCCUUUUUUCUUUUUUUCUUUUCUUUUUUUUUUUUUAACUCCGUCUGUGGUUUGUGCGUGGGUUUUUGAUUGGUUUAUUUUUUUUUUUUUUUUUUGUUUGUUUGUAUUUCUGUUUGGUUUUCUUUUCGGUUUUUUUCUUUAGUUUUGGUGUGGUGGGAGGGAGGGGUGUCUGUUAACACAUCUUUUUGCAAGCGGAGGUGAGUUGGUUACACACGACAUUGAGCCUGGAGAACUACUUUUAACUCGAUUCAGUGGAUGGAGUUGCUGAGUUUUUUUCCCCUCCUCCUUAGCUUUUUAGCAUGAGGGGAGCAGUGUAGAAUGGAUAGGAACCUGCAUACCUUAAGUGGCUGAUCCUGAAACUACCCCCUGGGUAGAAAGCCUAUUUAAACUCAAUUUGGGGAUUUUGCCUGAGCGGCCAACACAGGAUCUGGUGCCCAUGGUAUGUUCCGAUUGUGAACAAAAAAAGAGGAGAAAAAAAAAAAAAAGAAUUAAAAUUAUUUCCAAAAAAAAAAAAAAAAAACGAAAGAAAAAAAGAGAAAAACAAGAAAAGAAAAAAAAAACUGAAAAAAAAAAGUUUUCUUUCCAAAAAGUAGAAAGUACUUGACUGAAACCUAGUUUUAGAAAUGCAUGUGUCUUCGUUUGUUUUUUUUGUUUUUUGGGGGGGAUCUGGGGGAGGGGGAGGGGGGAAAAUAGGAAGCUCUCCAGGAAAUUGUGUCCUGGAGAGCUUCACUUAAAAGCGAUGGCAAAAAUGUUGCAUUUGUGGAAUAAGUGCUACUUGAGAAGCAUGGUGUUUUGCUUUUGGGGAUUCAUCAAUUGUGUGUUAGGGGGAUUCUUUCAAUUUUUCCGUUGUUUUGGUUUUUGGUUUUUUUUUUGGUUUUGUUUUGGUUUCUUUUUUUUUUUUUAAUAGGGAGGGAACGUCAUAAAAAAGACACAUUUGAGGGACAAGUAUAAGUACACAUUUUGUGUCUGUAUUUGUUUUUUAAUUGGCCUCAUUUCAAAUAUAUUUAAACAGUUCCAUACCUGGAUUGGGUGUUUGUAAUGGUUACCAAAAAGGAAAACGAAAAAAAAAAAAAAAAAAAAAGAAACAAUGAUUGUGACAUGCUUUUAUCACUACUUAAUUUUUCAAAUAACAUGUAAAUAUUGUAAUCCAUUGGAUUUUGUUUUGCUAACCUGUAAUAAAAAAAAAUAUGGGACCAUUAUCCUUUUAACAAGCUUAGAAUGUCAUAUUUUUUUCCUUUUUUUCUUUUCCCAAAAAUGUAUACCUGAUAUAUUGUGGACACACAUUUUAGGUGCAUUAUUAUGAUUCUGUUGACUGUAAUGACAUAGAAUGAAAAUAACAUUUUUUUCAUUGUUUAAUUUAUACAGAGGACUUUUUCAGAGUUUGACAGAAGGAAAUAAUAGCAAAAUGCUAACCCAUUGGCUUCAGCACUCGGUAUUUCCUGAUUUUAAAAUUACUGCUUACUGAUGGGGGAUAGGAAGGGGAUACUGAACUGUUGCACUGACGGGUUUGUUUUUUUUAAAAAAAAAAAAACAAUGAAAAUUAAUAAAAACUUUUUAAGAGUG